ACUACCAUGGACAUCACUUCUGCUAUCCUGCCUGUUGGUGCUGAAGGCUUCGAACUUAGUCACACUGGUGGGGAAUAUGAGUUAUAUAGUGAGCUCAGUGGCAUAAAGUGUUAUGACCAUUGUGAUCGGACCAAUCAAAUCGUCAAAAUGGCUGAAGCUUGGGCAUCUCAAUAUGAGGAUUUAACUGACACAUACCUACAAUACAUGGAGGAGCAGCCUUCGGACGUAAGUGGUGAUGACGCUGACCAGUUCACCAUUGAAGUCAUCGACAUUUUUGAUCGGUCCUUUCAUGUCUUCCGACAUAUGUCCCCAUACCUCAAUGUAUCGCUCAUGCGCCAAGGAUGCAUUGGAGCAUCUCCCAUCAAGCCAACAGUGGCCAUUACAAUACGCACAUUGGCAGUGUAUCGCCAGACGCACCGUGUGUGUCCACGUCUUAGCAUUCAUGCUGAAGCGAAAAAGUUGUGUCAUCUCCAUCAGGUAAGCGCAUUCAAUUUCUAUCUUGCAGAUCAGUUGCGCGUUGCCUUUGAUGUUUAUCUUGAAGUCCAGUGUCAUGUCGAUGCUCGUGUUGACUCUGUGCUAGGUCAUGAUUCACCCAACUGGCAUAUGCUCAAUGCAUGUCCCGCAUGCCACUAUGAAGUUAACUAUGAGCCUGCCAUGCCCUUUUCCUUCCAGCUCUCGAUGGACAGAAACAAUUCUGCCAAACUUGUG